GACAGACUGGCUUGUUUGUAGAUUCUGCCUGUCUCCUUUCCUUCCUCCAGCAGAGGACACUCUAUUGCUGAAACUAGGGCAUUAGCAGCAAGCUUCUGAGCAUCAGCAGUCUCCGGGAAAAAAAAAUAUCCUCUUGAAUCACAGCUGCUUCCAGCACAGACACAUAGCAGAGUAAACCUGCACUGCUCUAUGGAUAAAUCCAGACGGCACUUCUUUUAAACUUGGGGUACUGGCCAUUGAGGUGACCAGCCAGUGUGUUCUCUUAACGUCUUUGGCUGCAACCAAGGAGGAUAUAGAAUUGAGGAUGGAUUGCUAAGGAUGGCAGACGACAGUGGGCAAGGCAUGUUAGGUAUUGCGAAGAUUUUGCACAGAAGUUGUAUACCUUCCCUUCGAGGCUGCAUUCUCCUCUUCCUAUUGCAUUCAGAUUCUACAGCAUCCUUGUUCUGAAGACACCCUUGUGGAAUCCGGGAGACUUCUCAUCUCUAAUUCUUUCCUAAAAUUGCUGGGUUUUUUUUUUCUCUGGGAAGGAGCUGUUUUCCUGGGAAGGAGCAAGGGACAUAAACUUUGCAGCAAAAAUUAAAAAAAAUACAUAUAUAUAUUUCUAUAUGAUAUAUAUAACGAUCUUCAUAUUUCUACUGGCGUAGGGCAUCCAAUUUGGGAGCAGGAUGGUUUGAGAGAGGGACCAUGAAGGAAUUGCUGCCUGGCAAUUAAGAGGCAAGGAGGGGGGCUUGAAAUUCACAACAUUCCGGAGACGAGCCCCAAGGAAAGGAGGAAGGAUUCUCUGGGAGACAGACGAUGGGUUUCCAACUGAUGAAUCAGCUGAAAGGCAUGAGUUUAACAUUGCUACUACUGCCUGCUCUCAUCGUAGUGAUGGUUGUGGGGGCUCAGAAGACCUGUCCAAAGAACUGUAGGUGCGACGGCAAAAUUGUAUAUUGUGAGUCCCAUGCUUUUAGAGACAUCCCACAGAAUAUAUCAGGUGGCUCCCAAGGACUAUCCUUGCGUUACAAUAGCAUCAAGAUGCUAAAAUCCCACCAAUUUUCUGGCCUUAACCAGCUGGUCUGGCUCUACCUUGACCACAAUUACAUUAGCACGGUGGAUGAGGAUGCUUUCCAAGGAAUCCGUCGACUGAAGGAACUAAUUCUGAGCUCCAAUAAAAUUUCCUACCUGGGCAACAGCACCUUCCAUCCUGUCCCCAACCUGAGGAAUUUGGAUCUAUCAUACAACAAGCUGCAGACACUGCAGUCUGAGCAGUUCAAAGGUCUCCGCAAGCUCUUAAUACUGCACCUGCGCUCUAACUCACUGAAAACUGUGCCAGUUCGGGUUUUUCAGGACUGCCGUAACUUGGAUUUUUUGGAUUUGGGUUACAACCGGCUUAGGAGUCUUUCUCGUAAUGCAUUUGCUGGUCUUCUGAAGCUCAAGGAACUCCACCUGGAGCACAAUCAGUUCUCUAAGGUGAACUUUGCUCACUUCCCUCGCCUCUUUAACCUGCGUUCCCUUUACUUGCAAUGGAACAAAAUCCGAUCUAUCAGCCAGGGGUUAACCUGGACUUGGAGUGCCCUGCAAAACCUUGACCUUUCGGGAAAUGAUAUACAAAACCUAGAACCUGGAACUUUCCAGUGUCUCCCAAACCUACAGAAACUUAACUUGGAUUCCAACAAACUUACAAAUGUCACACAGGAAACUCUCAAUGCUUGGAUAUCGUUGACCUCCAUAACGCUCUCGGGAAACAUUUGGGAAUGCACCAAAAAAAUAUGCCCUCUUGUUUUCUGGCUAAAAAACUUCAAGGGGAACAAGGAAAGCAUCAUGAUAUGUGCAAGCCCCAAAAACAUGCAAGGAGAGAAAGUUACUGAUGCAGUGGAAACCUACAAUAUCUGUAACGAAACACCUGUCUUGGCCACUGAAAGAGCUUAUCCAACAACCAAACCACCCCCAAAGCCACAGUUUACUCCCAAGCCUACCAUAUACAAAUUGGAGAGUGUCUCAUCGACCCCCUACACUUCCAGCCCUUCUCCAGCUCUGCAGACCCCCAUGGCCGAACAGGAAUAUGAGCAUGUUUCAUUCCACAAAAUAAUUGCUGGAAGUGUGGCCCUUUUUCUCUCAGUGGCGAUGAUUUUAUUAGUCAUCUAUGUAUCGUGGAAACGUUACCCAGCCAGCAUGAAACAGCUUCAACAAUCGUCCAUGAUGAAGAGGCGCCGGAAAAAGGCCAGAGAGUCUGAGAGACAGAUAAACUCUCCCUUACAGGAGUAUUAUGUGGACUACAAACCUUCCAACACCGAGUCCAUGGAUGUAUUGGUUAAUGGAUCUGGACCCUGUGCAUAUACCAUUUCUGGCUCCCGGGAAUGUGAGUUAUGCUGGAGUUUGAGAUGCGUGGAAACCAUCGGAGGAUGCCAAGAAGAUGCUAUUAUACAAGACAAAGCAGAGACCAAGGCUGAACAAGCAGUCCCACGGCACAUCAAGACUGUACCAUACUACAACUAUGACCAGCCCAUGGUCGGGUAUUGCCAGACACACAAGUCACUGCUUGUAAAUAAGGGCUACGAAGAAAUGUCUCUAGACCAGAGAGAGACCACCAACCUAGAGCUCAGCAGGGACCAGAGCUACAUCUCAACUAUAGCUCGCUCCGCAGCACCCACCAUAUACAUUGAGAGGAUACCAAACCAAUAAUGGACAGCGGGUGUGUUCACAGAUGGCACACUGCCAUGGAAGAGGAAUGGGACACUCACAGGAUAAUGGACAGGGUUGCCCCUGCAGCUAAUAAGUGCUCUAAGCAUCAACAAAGACUCAACAUGCAGAGCACCGCUUGGAUCUCCUCCUAUAGGAACACAACGUCUUAAACAAUGAAGAUUUGGGAGCAGUUGGGGAAGGGGGUCUUGGCUUUAAAUGAUAAUCUCAAAAUCUCUGACCCCUAGUGUAAAAAAAUAUAACUAACAGGAUUGACCUAAGGGAUUUCUAAACCUAAUUUUGGAUCCCCUCCAGCUGCAUAUGAAAGAGGAAGACAUCUGCCUGUAUAUUUGAUUUUUCUAUUCUACACGUUGCAUGGUUCCAAUACAGAUGAACCAAAGGGAGAGACUGUGGGGUUUAGGGUAGGGAAUGCUACUUGUUUCAUGUUGAAUAACCCAGUGGGUCUCUUUGAACAGUGGUUCUUUCUUGUUUUCCUGUUUUCUGGGGUUUGUUUCUUUUCUAUCCUGUGCCCAGAUGCAGGUUCCAGCAUUUAGGGAAAGGCCUUUCCUGGCGGCCAAGGCCAUGCAACGGUGGGCAACAAGUUGGAAGAUCUGCAGAAUGGGCCACAUGUGUCCCCCCGACUGACCCUUUCCCACAAAUAUUAAGAUUUCUAUUCCCACAUCAGCUCAAUUGGAUUCUAUUGACCGUUUCUGAAAAAAAAAUGUAAUAAUAUUGUUUUGGUUUUUUUUUUUUUUUUAAUUCUCUUAUGAUCAGUUAUAGCUUUUGUGUAGUUUUUAUCAAUAAAAAAAAGUAUGG